AUGGGCCAAAUGGAGACUGUGUCAGCACGUCUCUUUGACGACCUGAUCGGUCCAAAUUCGGACGGAUACUGCCGCAAGGAUCGUAGACCUACUGGCAGCUCAUCUCAGAAGCGAUCCAGAGAGGUUAUAAUGCGAGAGGCAGUCAGCGGGUCUCGAGAGGAUCGGGAAACGAGCUCCGGUAUUUACGCCUCACCGAGGCCUCCUCUUAGUGGUACUGGCCGCGUCUUCUGCAGGGAGCCGGCGUGGGGCGUGGGCGGGCGGUGGCUGCUGGUGGUGGUGGCGGCACUGUGGGGGCUCCCCUUGGCGGGUGCGUCUCCGGGCCACACGCACACGCAGCACCUGCACCCUCCCGUGGAGAUCGCGCCGCUGCCGGAGGCGCCGCGCGUCCUCAUGCCGGCCAUCCCCGCCGCCGAGGUGGCCGGACACGUGGCCAGGGCCGGCGCCGCGCUCGCAGACCGCUUCGACCGGCUCGAGCCCGCCAUCCACUCCAGGGGAGUGAGGCAGCUGCCAGGAAGCGCGGCCUGGUUCAUGGGCGCCUCACACGCCAGCAAGAGCUGGGCGCGGAACCUCACCAAGGUGGCGCUCGUUGCCGAGGAGGCCACCAGAUACGUUGCGCAUGCGUUCCGCUUAAAUGGCAACCAAAUAACCUACGGUUUGCCUCUCAUGGACAUACGCAGCACAUCACUUGGGGAGAGAUGUCCUCUUGAAGUUGACUUUCCUUGUCAACCUCGUAAAUACCGUGCAUUUUCUGGAUACUGCAACAACGUUCAAAAUCCACACUGGGGCAAUGCCAAUACUCGAUAUCUACGUUUUCUACCUGCUGAAUAUGCAGAUGGAGUAUCACUUCCUAGAGGGGGUGCAGCAGAUUCCAGUUCACUGCCGAGCCCACGUGAAGUGUCUUUAGCUGUUCACAAAGAUGCUGAUCUGCCACAUCCUCAUUUAAUGACUCUGUCAGCUGUAUGGGGAGAAUUCAUAGCUCACGAUAUGUCACAUACCCCACAGAUGACAGGUUACCAAGGUGAACGUCUGAAAUGCUGUGGUGUGAGUAUCAGUGACUUUCAUCCAGAAUGUUUUCCCAUUCGCCUUCCUGACAAUGACCCAGUAUAUAGUAAGACAGGUGAAAAAUGUCAAGAGUACUCUCGUUCAGGAACUGCACCACGAAUUGGCUGCACACUGGGACCACGAGAACAGGUGAACCAAGUAACUGCUUUUAUUGAUGGCUCCAUGAUAUAUGGUAGCUCAAGAGAGGAAGCAAAUCAGCUGAGAACAUUUAGCAGAGGCCAAAUGAAGACACAGAUCAGCAGAGGUGGGAGGGCACUUAUGCCAUCUGAUGAAAUCAAUCUGGACUGUCGUAAUGAGGGUCUGUACAAGUGUUUCAAAGCUGGGGACAAACGUGCAAAUGAACAUAUUGGCCUGGCAACCCUGCACACAAUAUGGUUACGUGAGCAUAAUCGCCUAGCAGCUGAACUAGCCCGGCUGAACCCGCACUGGGGUGAUGAGACACUUUUUCAGGAGGCCAGGAGAAUUGUUGGAGCAGAGAUACAGCACAUCUCAUAUACUGAGUUCCUGCCUAUGGUCCUCGGACAGGACAUCAUGGACAAAUAUGGGCUAAGAACUCAAGCUUCAGGACAUUUCACAGGUUAUGACAUCAAUUUGAAUGCUGGCAUUGCCAACAGUGUUGCCGCAGCUGCAAUGUGGUUCAUAGCUUCCCUGAUGCCCAAGACUAUGAAAUUAUUUGAUGAGUCAGGAAGGAGAAUUGGAGAGAAAUCAAUAGCAUCUUCAUUUUAUGCACCAUUUCAGUUAUAUGAAGUGGGAGCAGUGGAUAAAAUGUUGCAGAGUAUGCUACAUGGUGCUGCACAGAAAGAAGAUGAAUUUAUUAAUGAAGUGAUGACUAAUCAUAUGUUUCAAGAUCCAAGCAAAGGUCCAGGCCUAGAUCUGGCUGCACAAAUAAUACAACACGGGAGAGAUCAUGGAUUACCUGAUUACACGAAAUGGCGAAAGUUCUGCAGUCUUCCUGAUGUGAGGUCUUUUCGUGACUUAGCAGAUGUAAUGUCCCCUGCAGUUAUUUCAGCUCUACAGAAGGUUUACAGAAAUGUAACUGACAUUGAUCUAUUUACGGGUGCCCUUGGUGAGACUCCCAUAGAAGGAGCUGUUGUGGGACCAACAUUUGGUUGUUUAUUGGGACGUCAGUUUCACUAUCUCAGACGUGGUGAUCGUUAUUGGUAUGAAAAUGACUUGCCACCAUCAUCUUUCACAAAGGAACAACUGAAUGAAAUUAGAAAAGUGAGUCUUGCGAGAGUUAUUUGUGACAACAGUGAUGGCUUAAGAGAAAUUCAACCAGAAGCUUUUCUAGACAAAGAUCAGUUCCUGAAUGCCAUGUGUGGGUGCAAAAGUGAUGUGAUGAACCACAUGGAUCUACGUGCUUGGGGUACCACAAGUCCUCAUUUUGUUGUCUCUGGAAGACUCUUAGCCGAGUCGGUUGCCAGGGCAAAGAGAGAUGUUCAUAAGAUCAUGCAACAAGAGAUUGAUCUGUGGGAACAAAGGCGAGUAGCAGAUCCACUGUCACCUGUUGGCACAGCCUAUGGAUUUAACCGGCCAAAGAGACAAGCAGCAGAGAUUGCAAAUACAUCGCUGCUGUUACAGUUUGCAUCUACCAGAUUUGUCAAUAGUUUUCUUCAAGGACAACUUCAAGAUCAGGAGUCAGGGCGCAGCUUGGUAGCACCACAUGACUUGCGAGAGUUGAUGGCUGUACUGCCAAAUGUUGACCUCUCUGAGACUCUGGAGAUACCACGGGUAUUCCGCUGUGAUGAGCAGACUCUCCCAUGUGACCACACAAGCCGAUAUCGCAGUACUACUGGCUGGUGCAACAAUCUCCGACGUCCAGAACUUGGAAAAUCCUUAAGAGCAUUUGCUCGCCUACUACCUCCGGCUUAUCAUGAUGGUGUCGGAAGUCCUCGAGCUAUGUCAGUUACUGGAAAACCAUUGCCUAGUCCACGACUUAUCUCAGUGAAUGUUCAUCCUGACACUAGUCAACCACAUGUUAAAUACUCUCUGAUGUUCAUGCAGUUUGGUCAGCUGUUGGAUCAUGAUCUUACUCACACGCCUGUCAACAAAGGAUUUGUCGGAGAAUCCAUUCUUGACUGCCAACCAUGUGAUGCUAUGAAGACAGUCCAUCCUGAGUGUUUUCCCAUACCAGUACCUGAAGGGGACCCAUACUUUCCUAAAGUAAAUAUUACCACUGGGAAAGCUAUGUGCAUUCCUGUUACACGCUCAAUGCCUGGACAGCUAACACUGGGGUACCGAGAGCAGCUGAACCAGGUGACGGCAUACAUUGAUGCUUCCUUUGUAUAUGGAUCAGAUGUCUGUGAUGCUAAUGCUCUUAGGACAUUCACUGGUGGUAAGAUGAAUGUAACAAAAAAUCCAAACCGAGGUAAACCACUCUUACCACAGAUCACAACACAUCCAGAAUGCAAGUCAACAACAAAAAUUUGUUUCCGAGCAGGUGAUGCCAGGGCAAGUGAACAGCCUGGACUUGCAGCAAUACAUACACUUUUCUUAAGAGAGCACAACAGACUUGCUGACCGACUUGCUAUUCUGAAUCCACAUUGGAAUGAUGAAAAACUCUAUCAUACUGCACGACGUAUAUUGUCAGCCAUUACUCAACAUAUAACAUUUAGAGAAUUUCUUCCACGUCUGUUUGGAUGGGAAGGGUUACAUAAACAUGGUCUUUCCCUUGAACCAGAAGGCUAUUUCAAAGGUUAUGAUCCGACAUGCGAUGCCACAAUUGUGAAUGAAUUUGCGGCGGCUGCUUUCCGGUUUGGGCACAGUUUAUUACGGCCGUCACUUCUCAGAAUGGAUACAGGCUAUGUGGAGAGGAGACCCGGUGUACGGUUAAGGGAUACUUUUUUUAAUCCCGAUGUACUGUAUCAAGCUGGAAUGAUUGAUGAUCUAAUCAGAGGCCUAGCAGCAACUCCCAUGGAAACACUUGAUCAGUUCAUAACAAAUGAAGUUACAAACCACUUGUUUGAAGACAGACGUAUGCCAUACUCAGGGAUGGAUCUAGCUGCUAUUAACAUACAACGAGGUAGAGAUCAUGGUAUACCUGGUUACAACCAGUAUCGACAACUAUGUAACCUGUCAUUAGCACGUGAUUUUGAUGACCUUAAACGGGAAAUACCAUCUCCAGUAGUCGAAAGACUUCGUCGGCUGUAUCUGCAUGUGGAUGACAUCGAUUUAUUUCCUGGUGGCUUGGCUGAGACUCCUCUUAUUGGUGGAGUUGUAGGACCCACUUUUGCCUGUAUUAUUGGACACCAGUUCAGAUUACUUAGACGGUGUGAUAGAUUUUGGUAUGAAAAUGAUGAUCCCUUAGUGCGGUUUACAGAAGCCCAGUUGUCAGAGAUCAGAAAAGCAACACUUGCUAAGCUGAUAUGUGAUAACGCUGAGAAUACUGACUACAUUCAGCGAUCUGUACUUGACUUAACCGAACCUUUCUUGAAUCCCAGGGUUAAGUGCAGUGCAUUACCAUCUGUAGACCUGGAGCAGUGGAAAGACAGACUUUCAUGCAAUGUUGGGCACACUACAAUAGAUGUUGGGACAGCUGAAAGAAUAUCUCCUUGUGUCAUGUGCACAUGCACUACAGAAGGGCCAAUUUGCCAGUCUCUGAAGAUCGGCAACUGCUUCAAUCUUGCAAGAUCUUUCAGUCACGCAGCUGUUCUUGGAGACCAUGUGUGUAAAGUGCAAUGUGCAUUUGUCUUCCGUGCUCUACCUCAAGUAACAGAGCCAACAGACAACCAGUUAGGUUUCAGUUAAUUUUACAUUUUGCCAUCAAAGAAGACUGACAAUUUCCAAGUUAAAAAUCAUGGUGCAUUAUAGACACGUGCAGUCAUGUAGUUAGUCAAAGAAACUAUGUGAAACAUGAAAUCAAAACUGUAUCCAAUACAUGGCUGUGAAAAGAUCUUCCUCUAAAGAGCUUCAGAACAGAGGAAUGUGCAGCAGAAAGUAUGAUGACAAAUGUGGCUGAGCAGCAGAAAGUUUGAUGAAGUUACCAACAUUAUUACUUAAGUGGUUUAACAUGUGAAACUCAUAGACAGUCAUGUGUUAAUUUUAAUUUGUAUAUAUCUGCUGUGUUGAAAAACAGACAGAAAAGCAGAAUUGUGAUAUUUA